UUCAUAUUUUCCUUAGAGUUUAAUGGUUUUUUUGUUUGAUUAAUUGCAUCUCCGGUGAUUUUUCGACACAUUUUCCAUAGAUUUUCAUCUUUCGGUACGAUUCCAAGACUUGGUCAUCGCCUCACUGUGCAUCCAGGUGUAAUUCCGCAGCAAAAAGUGAGCAGCAAGCAAAGUGAAAUCUCAUCAAAAGCAAAAUAUUUAAUAAAAAAUUGCAAAAAUCACAACAAAAAAGAUUAAUUUUCUUUUGUUUCGAUUAAUUUUGACUCAUAGUACACGUAAAAGUAUAAAAUAUUGUGAAAUUUUUACUAAAAAAUACGAAAAAUAGAGGAAUUUAAGAAAAACACGCAAACGUAAACAAAUGAAGAAAAAGUUUUCGGAGCAAAAGUGAAGAUUUGAGUAAAUAAACAAUAGGAAUGGAGCAGCAAAAUGAAAAUUGUGGAUUUUCAGGUAGUGUUAAGGAAAGCGAAGAGACGAUGUCUGCACGGAAAGGUGGCGUUAUUUGCGGUUGUUGAGAAGCGCUCCCGUUCGCGCACCAAAGAACGAAGUCCAUUCCAUUUGAGCGAGAAAUAUUCCACGAAAAAGUGUCCGUCGCACAGCGCAUCCUCGUCUUCCCUCGAAACCGUGGAAAGUUUCAAGUCUUUGUCGUUGCACGACGACGACAGCAGUGCCCUACCGACCCCCAUAAAAUCACGCAAAUCGCCCGGGCCCCGAUAUCCGCAUUACACACGCGUUUCCGAUACGCGACGACAUCAUCGCCGAAAAGCCCCGAACAAAUGUAGGGACUGUCUCAGCUACACAUCGUCACAUUCCUCAUCGAGUUCAUCACUUGCAACGAGCACAACUACAUCCUCGUCCACAGAUUCACACAAAGGCGCCACGUUUUGCGUCAAGUCGGAAAAGCACCGCAAAAAGUCGCGAUACACACGACGAGCGCGACGAAAACACGCAAGUCGCGAAAACGUCGAAAUUGACGACAUUGACGACGCAUUUUCCGAAAAGCUCGAAACAACCAGGAAACUAAGCAUAUCAUCGAGCGGCAUUGAAAUGGAUAACUCAGAAAAGCACAUGUCGAUGCCAUGGUUCGGCAUGGACAUUGGCGGAACACUAACGAAACUCGUUUAUUUCGAGCCGAAGGACAUUACACAAGACGAAGAAGACAAAGAAGCCAAAAUUCUGCGAAAUAUCAGGAGGUACUUGACAAAACAAUCAGUUUAUGGCAAAACGGGAUUUCGUGAUAUUCAUUUACAGAUGGAUGACAUUGUGAUCAGAGGUCGAAAAGGUUCUCUGCACUUCAUUCGGUUCCCGACAUCGGAAAUGGUCAACUUUUUAUCGCUAGCCAAGUCAAAGGGCAUGGCGCAACUUGUGACAACAGUUUGUGCAACUGGCGGCGGUGCAUAUAAGUUUGAGGCAGAUUUUAAGCGCGAAGUCAACAUGAAUUUGGCAAAAUUCGACGAACUUGAUGCUCUGAUUAAAGGAAUUCUGUUUACAGAGACACAAGACCCACAUGAAUGUUACUAUUGGGAAAAUGCUGGUGAUAUUAGUAUAAGUCAUAAGAAAUCCUACGAUUUCUCGCAACCAUAUCCUUUCAUUUUGGUGAACGUUGGUUCGGGCGUGUCGGUGCUUGCGGUCCGCGGACCCAAUGACUACAAACGUAUUUCCGGUACUAGUUUAGGCGGCGGAACAUUCCUUGGCCUUUGUUGCCUACUGACGGGAUGCAAUUCCUUCGAGGAGGCUAUUUAUCUGGCAACGAAGGGCGAUCACACGAAAGUCGAUAAACUCGUAAAGGACAUUUAUGGCGGCGAUUACACGCGAUUCGGACUGCCAGGAGACUUGGUAGCUUCGAGUUUCGGUCAAAUGAACUCCAAGGAACGACGGGCAAGUGUUUCGCGCGAAGAUUUGGCACACGCAACACUUGUGACAAUUACGAAUAAUAUUGGUUCCAUUGCACGGAUGUGUGCCAGCAAUGAAGGAAUCGAUAAAGUCGUUUUUGUGGGCAACUUUUUACGUGUGAAUCCGAUUUCGUUGAAAUUAUUGGCAUAUGCCAUGGAUUAUUGGUCCAAGGGGACACUGAAAGCCUUAUUUUUGGAGCACGAAGGCUACUUUGGAGCCAUUGGCUGCUUACUACAAUUCAAUGGCGAACUUAAUGAGCAUAUUGAUUGCACGUCCAGUGAAAGUCCAUGAAAUUAGAGUCUUAGUUUAAGUAAGACGAUGUACUAAGUGGAACUCUGACGCAAGUCGUUACCUUUUAAAAGAGAUAAAACGUUAGAAAUUAAGUUUUUAAGACCUUCCUAAUCAACUUUAGCACAAUUUCCCGUUCGUUUUACAUUUUGAAAGUAUUGAAACAUUGACAAAUACAAUUAAUUUAGCUUUAGGGAAUGUUAAUUUUAACGUUUUUGCGUAAAAAUAAGGGAACAAAGGGUAUUCGGUUAAUUAUUUUAUGUUAAUUUUUCUCUUCAACUACUUAUUUCGUAAGUCUUAGGCUAAAAUUUAAGCACCUUAUCGCUACUUAUGUAUAAAAAAAUAUGAAUGAAGGUCUAUAAGCGCCUCCUUUUUGAUAAUAAAACGAAAGAAAAAAAUA